AAGGAGGAGGAGGAGGAAGGGAAGCGGCUCGGGCCAGGCCCCCAGCCCGUGCGGGAGAGCCCCCCGGGGGGCGGGCCGCGGCGGCAUGCGGCUCCUCGGCCGGCUCGGCCCGCUCCGCCACACGGCGCUGCCUGCCCGGCCGCCGCGGAGGGGCCGAGCGGGGCCGGCGGCGGGGAGGCGCGGCUUGGCCCGCGGGAGGCUCGGCGGCAGCAUGGCCGAGGAGGCCAAGAGGCGGGCAGCCUACGCCGCGGUGGACAAGCACGUCCAGAACAAUCAAGUUCUUGGGAUCGGAAGCGGGUCUACGAUUGUCCAUGCGGUGCAGCGAUUAGCUGAGCGGGUGAAAGAGGAGAACCUGACCAUUGUCUGCAUCCCUACAUCUUUUCAGGCCCGUCAGCUGAUCCUGCAGAAUGGCUUAACGCUAAGUGACUUGGACCGACAUCCAGAGCUUGAUGUUGCCAUUGAUGGAGCAGAUGAAGUGGACUCUGACCUCAACCUUAUCAAAGGUGGCGGGGGCUGCUUGACACAGGAGAAGAUAGUUGCAGGAUAUGCAAAAUGCUUCAUUGUUAUUGCUGAUUACAGGAAAAAAUCUGAGAGCCUCGGGGAGCAGUGGAAGAAGGGAAUUCCCAUCGAGGUCAUCCCCAUGGCUUAUGUCCCUGUCACCAGAGCCCUGACCAAAAAGUUUGGCGGUGUGGUGGAGCUGCGGAUGGCUGUGAGCAAAGCAGGUCCCGUGGUGACAGACAACGGGAACUUCAUCCUGGACUGGAAGUUUGACAAGGUUCAUGAAUGGAGUGAAGUGAACACUGCUAUAAAAAUGAUACCAGGUGUGGUGGAGACGGGGCUGUUCAUCGGCAUGGCGGAGGCGGCAUACUUCGGCCUGGAGGACGGCUCGGUGAGCGUGCGGAGCCGGCAGCCUCGCUGACGCCCGCCGGGGCCGGGCUGGGGCCUGGGCCUGGGCCUGCCCCGCUGCGCUCGGCCCUUGUGCCGGUGCCAACCUGAUGUUUUGCCUUAAGGAGCAGCAGUUGUGGCGGCAGGCGGGUGAGGAGUCGGUCAGGAUCCGCUGACGUGAUACUGAAUGUCUUUUUCUAAAGAAAAAAGCCAACAAAAAACCUUAAUAUUCUAUUUCUAUAGAUAUAUAUUUUUACUUUACAGGAACCUUGUCUGUUUUUUAAAGAAUCGUUUAAAGAAAUUGCUUUAAUGUUUUUAUUUUGUUUUCUAAGGAAUACUUACCAAAAAGAACCCUCCUUGGUUUGUGUUUUGCUUGGGGUUUUUUUUUUGUUAUCUUUGUUUCAAACAGAACUUGAACCCUUCUGGUUGGAUAUAGUCCUGGGUGACUGAGGUCAGAAACACAAUCCUAAUGCGUCGCUCCUCACCACCCUGGCUGGGAGGGUGACGACCUAACAGGAGCACAUCCAGUCAGGACCUGCAGAUGCCUUAUUUGGAACCUUUUUGGUUCGGUAUUUUAUGCCUUUUAUUUUUCUAUACCACUGGUUUUUAAUAGUUCAGGAUGUCCUCUAAUUGUCCUCUGUGCACAUGACAAUUCUCUGAGCCUAGGGUGAAUUCUCUACCUAGGGUGGUCUCUACAUCUCUCUGUCUGGCACAUUAAUAAGGACCUUUUUGGGGCCUCUGUAUGGAGGAGACGUUCAUCCUUUGAGCCAAAUUCAGCUCUCUAUUAACUCAGUACCUCUGAUUAAAAUCUGUUCCUCUAGCUGGAGAUGUUCUGGACCUUGUCCUUGUAAACUGAGAGCAGAACUUGGUCCUUGAUGAAGUUUACAGAAGCAUAUUUGAGCAGCUUAGGCCAGUGUGGAGUACUGUUCAGUGGCAAAUAGUCUGGUUUGGAAUGAAGGUUAAUUAUCACCCCUCACAGGUGUGGGUUUGUGGAAGGAUAGAGCAGAACGCACAGGAAAACUCAAGUCUUCCUGCCUCAAUUUUCCACAUGUAGCAGGAGAGAGACACUCGUUCAGUAUCUUGUUCUCGGUAUAUAGGUGCUUUGCAUGGUUCUGAUGUCAAAAUGCAAGCCCUCUCGUUAUGUUAUAGACACUGAAAAUAAAGACCUGUUAUACCAGA